CUAUUUAAAGACUACCAGUGAAGUCCGAACUCACUCACCGAUCCAAUCAAUCAGCUCCGGAGGAGAGAAAGUGAAAAAGAAAGCAAUAUGUCUGAGUCUGCUGCAACUGCAACUGCAACUGCAUCUGCAGAGAAGAAGUUGUGGCCGGAGUUGGUGGGCGAAGAUGGAGAGAGCGCGAAGAAGACGAUCGAAAGCGAGAAUCCUAAUCUGAAAGUCACGGUGGGGCGGGAUGGAUCUCCGAUGACUUUGGACUACAGGACCAAUAGGGUCCGGAUUUGGGUCGAUGAAAAGGGGCUGGUUGUGUAUACUCCUACAAUUGGCUAGACCCUUUAAUCUCUGCGUAUGAAUAACGAUGGAGUCAUUAAUAAUAACUGCAAUGAUUAAUAAUGUAAUUGCUCUAAUCAUUGUCAUGUUGGUGCCUUAAUUGGAUUCAUCAAGAGUAAGCAUGUCAAUGAGGAAAACAGUAUUGGAUUGAA